CUCCUUCCUCCGGCGCCGGCCGCCGCUCUGAAUGGUGCCCCGCUCGGCGGGACCCCCGGUAGGCCCGCCCUCUGCGCCCCCGACCCAACCGGGACCGGUGGAGGGGGUCCCCUCCUAACUUUUCAGCCCUCCGCGCCCCGGGGGCGAAGCCGAGGCCCUCGGGCGGCGCAGGAUGUGAGGGACCCCCGACACCCCCCGCCCAAGCCCGGGGUCCCGGCGGAGCCAACGUUGGGCGGUGCUCUCGGCGCCAACCGGGCGUCCGGAGGGGAGGGUCUGGUGGGGGGGGGGGCGGCGGAGCGUCCGGAGGCCAUGCCCCGCUGACGCCCCCGGCCCCCGGGAGCAUGUUCGGGCUGGGGGACCAGUUUGAGCCCCCGCUGCCCGGCCGGAGCGCCGGCCCGCCCCACAGACACCUGCACGAGUCCGGACUGGGCAUGAACGGCCACUUCAAAGCCCCGGCCUUCCAGGACCCGGCGGCCCUCGGCGCCCUGGGCGACGGGCCCCUGCUGGGCAUGAACCUGGGCAUGAACGGGGAGCCGUACGGCUACCACCCGCCAAGGGGCCCCGCCGACCUCCACGCCGGGGCCCUGCAGCCGGUGCCCGGCUUCUUCGGCGGCCAGCAGCCGCUGCCCGGACACCCGCACUUCGGGGCCGGCUUCGGCGGGCCCGACCCCGGCGCCUCCUGCCUGCACGGGGGGCGGUUGCUGGGCUACGGGGCCGGAGGGGGGCAGCCGGCCUUCGCCGAGGGCUACGACCCCCUGGCCGACCACCCCGGGGGCGAAGGGUUCGGGCAGCAGCCACAACAGCAGCAGCAGCGGCCCGGGAACCUGCCGGACUUCCAGCAGCCCCACGGCUCGGGCGGCUCCGGGCCCGCCGUGCCCGCCCCCUGCUUGCCCCUGGACCAGUCGCCCAACCGGGCCGCCUCCUUCCACGGCCUGCCCGCGUCCGGCUCCUCCGACCCACACGGCCUGGAGCCCAGGAGGGUGGCCAACCCGGGAGGCGUCGACUCCCUGGAAUACAAUUACCCCGGCGACGGCCCCGCGGGACACUUCGACCUGCCCGUCUAUUCGCCCUCCGAGGCCGACGGCCAGCUGCCGCACUACGGGGCCGCCAGGCAGAUGCCCGCGGGCACCUUCCCCGGUACCAACGCCCUGCCCAGGGCCCCGGGGAUGGGGGGCAUGGCCAAAGCGCAGCAGCAGCAGCAGCACGGGGUGUUCUUUGAGAGGUUUGGCGCCGCUCGGAAGAUGUCCGUGGGCAUGGAAACCGGAGUGAAUGCCAGGCAUCCUCUAAUGCAACAACAGCAGGCACCUCAGCAGCAGCAGCAGCAGCAGCAGCAGCAGCAGGCACCUCAACAGCAGGCACCUCAGCAGCAGCAGGCCCCCCAGCAACAGCAGCAGCCCCCGGGUAUGCUGCCCAGGCAGAACUCCUGCCCCCCGGCCAUCCCCCGGCCGCCGCCCCCGGAUGCCGGCGCCCCCAACCCCAGCUUGCAUCAGGAUCCCGGGCCCCUCCUGCAGAACCAGCACGCCCAGUUCGAGUACCCCAUCCACCGGCUGGAGAACAGGAAUAUGCACCCCUACGGCGACCCCGUGUUCAACCUGCAGCCCCCGGCCCCGCCGCCGCCUCAGCAGCAGCAGCCCCCCAACCAGAGACUGCAGCACUACGAUGCCCCUUACCUGAACGUCGCCAAGAGGCCCCGCUUCGACUUUGCCAACAACCCGGCCGUGGACCGGUGCCCAUCGUGGAGCGGGGCGGGGUUGGACAGCCACCUGUCCCCUUCGGCCUACCCGGGCCUGCCGGGCGACUUCACCCCGCCGGGGCCCGAGGGCUUCGGCCCCGGCCCGCCCCUGCAGCACCCGGCCCAGGACCCCCAGGCCUUGCAACACCAACAGCAUCAGCAGCAGCAGCAUCAACAUCAGCAGCAGCAGAGGCAGAACGCCGCUCUGAUGAUGAAGCAGAUGGCAUCGCGGACCCAGCAGCGGCUGCGCCCGCCGACCCUGCCCCAGCUGGGCCACCCGGGGGACGUGGGCCCGGUGCACGGAGGGCCCCCGGCCGGCCUGCCCCAACCCCCCUUCGAGCGGGACGGGCCCGGCCCCGGCGGCGUUGGCGGGCGCCUGCCCGGCUUCGAGGCGCAGGCCCCGCACCACCUGGGGCCCGACAGCGCCUGGUUCCCCGGGCCGCCGCCCCCGCCCCCGGGGGACCUCCUGCCCCGGAGGCUGGGGGCCCCCCCGCUGCCGGCCGACGGGGGUCCCCACGAGCUGGGGCUGCCCCCCGGGGCCGGCUCCGGCCUACUGUUCCGCGGGCCCGGGGGCGCGGGGGGCCUGGGCCUGCAGGAGCCCCUGCGGCUGGCGGGCGAGGGCCACGGGCCCGGACUGCCGUCGCCCGCCGGGCUGCACGCCCAGUUCGGGGGCGGGCUGGCGCAGCUGCAGUCCCCGGGGGCCGGGGUGGGGAUGCCCGGGGCGCCCUCCGACCGCAGGCCGCCCCCGCCGCCCGAUUUCGCGGGCCCGGGCCUGGGCGGCCAGCCGGGCUUCCCCUUCGGGCCCGGUAGCCGGCAGAACACCCCGCACGGCACCCCGGGGCUCAGCGCCUCCCCCGGCGGGGGCACCGCGGGGGGCACCGGGCCCGGCGGGGGCGGGGGCGCGGCGGCCUACCCCCCGCCGCCGCCACCGCCUCCUCCGCCGCCCGAUUUCCCGUCCAGCCAGCGCGCCGCGGCGGCCAGCAAGCUGGGAGCCCUGUCCCUGGGCUCCUUCAGCAAGCCCAGCUCCAAGGACAACCUGUUCGGCCAGAGCUGCCUGGCCGCCCUGUCCACCGCCUGCCAGAACAUGAUCGCCAGCCUGGGCGCCCCCAACCUCAACGUGACCUUCAACAAGAAGAGUCAGGCCGAGGGCAAGAGGAAACUCAGCCCGGCCGAGCCGGACGGGGCCGGCGGGGGCGGGGCCGGGGCCGGUCCUGCGGGGGGCCCCGACUACUUCCCCGUAGGGAAGGCCCCCGGACCGGCCGCCCACGCCAGCGGCGGGGAGGGGACCGGCCUGUCCCCCGGUUACUCCCUGGAGCCGAGUCCCGGCCACGACGGCAAGCCGGGGCCCGGCGGCGGCAGCGCGGGGCGAGGCCGCGGCCGGAGAAAACGGGACAGCGGCCACGUCAGCCCGGGCGCCUUCUUCGACAAGUUCGGGCCCGGCGCGGGGGGGCCGGCGGCGGACGGCGGCCCCGGGCUGAGCCCCGGCCGUCAAGGGGGCGCGGAGCCGCGCGGGGCGCCCACCCCCCACGACGCCAAGGCCCCGACGCCCCCGGCCUGGGCCAAGGCCGGCGACCUGGUCCUGGGCGAGCCCCCGGCCGACCUCUGCCCCCGCUGGACAGCGGCCUGCGGGCGGCCGCCAAGCCGGGCGGGACCUCCCCGCGGCCCGGUGACUUCCCCGACGAGGCCGGCUACGGACACGAGGACGAGGUGUCGUCCAGCUCCGACCGCGCCCCGGGACCCCCGGCCAGGGCCGGCCGCAGCCCCCCGGACGCCGGCUCCCCCAAGGUCCCGCGGGGGGCCGGGCCCCCCCGGUGACCCCGGCCUGCACAACGGACAGAAGCCGCUGGGCCUGGGCCUGCUGGCCGCCGCCGCCGCCGCCGCCGCCGCCACCGCCAACUCUACCUCCACCCCGGACGGCUACGGACCCCCGGGCACCCCGGGGCUGGAGGGGCAGGGGCGGACCCCCGGCCCCGGGGGCGGCGGGGGCGGGAACGGCUCGACGCCCCCCCAGGACGAGAUCCACCCGCUGGAGAUCCUGCAGGCGCAGAUCCAACUGCAGCGGCAGCAGUUCAGCAUCUCGGAGGACCAGCCCGUGGGGAUGAAGGCCGGGGGGGCGGGGAAGACGGCGGCGGGGGCGGCGGACUGCUCGGCCGGCCAGAACGGGGACAGCGAGCUCAACGGCUGCUGUUCGGAGGCGGUGAAGAGCGCCAUGAGCACCAUCGACCUCGACUCCCUGAUGGCCGAGCACGGCUCCGCCUGGUACCUGCCCGCCGAUAAGGCCCUGAUGGACGGGCCGGACGACGACAAAGCCCUGGCGCCGUGGGACAAGGCCAAGCCCCAGACCCCCAGCAAAGAAGCCCACGACCUCCCCCAGAACAAGACCUCAGCCUCCGCGCAGCCUGGCAGCCACCUGCAGUGUCUCUCGGUCCACUGCACUGAUGACGUGGGCGAGGCCAAAGGCCGGACUGCUGUGCCAACCUGGAGAUCCCUGCACUCGGACAUCUCCAACAGAUUCGGGACUUUUGUGGCUGCCCUCACUUGAAGAAACAGAUAUUUCCCCCCUUCCUCUGCAGCGCCCCACCCUCCCUCCCCAUCAUCCCUUCUUUUUAAUUUGAAAGGUGUCAUCCAUCCCCAUGUCACCCUCCCGCGUGUGCACGCACGCGCGCGAGCACACACACACACACACACUCGGGUGGACUAUUGUUUUCUUGGUUGGUACCUGCUUCGUGGCACAUGUACCGAAAAGGGUUAAUUUAAAGGAAACCUCAAAAAGAAAAUUUUUUUGGAAAAAAAUUCUUCUGCCACAGUAUGUUACCAGUGUUAACCCUUCUGCAGUUAGCACAUUUUCGCUUAAUUUUUUUUUCCUGCUAGAUUAUUCUUUCCCAUUAUUCUGUAAUCUUGGCAUACAUUUUUAGAUGAGGCCUUUUCCUUCUUUUUCAUCUUGCUUGUAUGUCCAAGUAGUGUAUGUCAUAAUAAGACAAAAAAGAUACUUUUCUUUUCUUCGCUCUACUUUUUUUUUUCUCCUUCAGUGUUUAUUAAAAUGGAAAUCUUGGAGAAUAGCAGUUCUGGAAUAAUGCCGGUUGAAGUCAAAUUGUCAUCACAGUUUUACAUCCUGACACCAAGAUGUCGUCAGUCACAUAUAACCCAACAAUUAAUACCAAGUUAGGUGUUCUGCCUGGGCUUUUAUUUUGUCUCCUUUCCCGAAUGUGUACAUACACACAUGCACACAUACACACACACGCAGAUUUUGCUCUCCCGUUUAGGGUGAAAACUGCUGUUCAUUGCUUGUCAACAAGAGACACAUCUGCCUUCCUUUUUGGAGCCAAUAUGGGCUUUUUAGCCUUCUCACCCAAUAGCUAUUAUUUUAAAACUUGUGUUCUUGAAUAUAAAGCCAGGGGAUAACGUGGUAGGGAAGCACUGAGAUGGGCUUUCUUCUUGGAAGGAAAUGGACUACGCCCUCAAGACGUGAGACUUUUGCCUCUCCCCUCGUUUUUCCCCCUCCCUCUGUCUUUAGGUUCAGGAAUUUCCCGUGGCACUGAGCAUGCUCUUCAUUCUCUCCCAGUCUCCCAGUGAGGGGGGUGGCACAGGUACCUCAUUGAUUUUGGACAGCAGAACAGCAGAAUCAUCGAUCGUCUUUCGACCUCCCACCCAUCAAUGUCUCCUUCUCACCUUCUCCAGUAAGGCUCCCCUCGUGGAAAACCUGCCGGGCCAAAACGGAGGACUCCUGGAAUCUUCCCAACAAGCUCUCGAUUGCCGUGAACUUUGACUGCCCAAAGAUUUCAGUUUUGUCCCUGACGGGGAAGCAAAAGGACUUAACCUCAGCCCGAGUCCUUGCCUUCACCCGGCCCAAGAUGGUUCUCUGACACGGAGGGCGGUCAGCCUCCUCGUGUUAACUUAAAAGUGCAUCCCCGGGAAGUAGGGAGAAGCAGAUGUUAUCAUCUCCAUUGUACGGUGAGCCAACUGAGGGUUCGAGGGGUCAAGAGACUAGCCCAGAGUCACCCAGCAGGCCAGGGGCAGAGCUAGAAUUAGAACACACACACCCUGACUCUCCACCCCUUGUUUUUUCCACCGGAUCCUGCCACCUCCCUAAACGGAUUCAGAAAUCUCCCUUACACCCCCGCCCCCCGCCCUGAAUUGUGGGCUGCCCAGUCAUUUGAUGAGGAACUGGACAAUCCUUGGGUAUCAGCACAGAGAGGCGGGGGCUUAGGGCUGAUGCUAGAGAGAGGAAAAAUUGCUUUGACUUGAACUCCUAAUCUGCCACCUAAGGUUAUUGUGCCAUAAAUGGAGCGGGAGAGAGAGAGAGUGAGGGCAGCCAGCUGAAGUGGAUCCAUAGCUCUUUGUGAUUCCCAGUCUCUCUGUGUUCUGGCCCUUGAUGGGGAGAGCAGCGGUAAAUGGUAUUAUGAGAGAUAGACAAUGAGAGACAAGGCAGUCUUUCCUGCCCCCCGCUGAUAACAUUUAUCUGGACAGAAAGUUGGAUCCCACUCAGGAGGAAACAAAAGAGUCUCGUUCUCUUCGCUAUUACGUUAUGUGGCUUUAAAGCUGGAAAGAGUAAAGGGACAUUGCUCCCCCGAUUUAGUUCAUGCUUCCCCUAGUCUGGGGAUCCUGCUCAACCUGGCACUGAAAAUUAUGGCUGCAGGUCAGAAGCAAACUUGUUUAAAUGCAGGAAGGAGAGACAGACACAGAGACAGAGAGAGAGAGCUGAAAGAUUCGGAAGCAUUUGAACUUGGGAUGCUAAAGGUGAAUAAACCCCUCUUCCCCACCCCCUUCCCGAUCUAACUCAAGGUACUUCAAAUUCUGUUUUGCACACAGCCAGAUGACACUGGUUGUUUUGGAACUUACCAAGUUUGGACUCCUUGCCCCAUUCUUUCACCCCAGGUAAAUUUCGGAAGAUUCUUCUUGCACAGCCUUGCUCUUUCCUGUCUCCUGAGAAGAGCUUUGAACUUUUUGGAACAUGAAGCCAUGUGCGGUGGAAGAAGGGAUUUUGGCCCUUUUGAUCAGUCAGUCAAUAAUAUGUCCAGAGCAUCUACUGUGUGCAGAACAUUUCAUUUGCUAGGUUCUUGGUAGAGCUCAAUAGUAUUAGUAAAUGUGAUCCCUGCCCUCAAGGAGCUUACGUUCUAGUUGUGGGUAACUGGCAGGUUCCCAUCCACUGAAGUCAAAGUUUCUGACAUUUUUCUGGAGGACAGCUGUGUCUCUCUAAGCCUGAAAGCUGGGACCCAACCCUUUUUACAGGGGGGAAUCCAGCCCGAGGGUCGUGGAAAUGAGCAAACAUCAAGUCCAAAGGCUCCACUUGAAACCUAAAUGGAUCAUUCGGGCCUUUGGGGGCUUGGUCUCCCCUUGUGAGCUGUUUCCAUGGAGCAAAUUGGCCAUAUAAUCGCUUGAGUCUAUCACACUCAGGGUGUGUGAAGACAGCCAGCUAUCCACACCAUCUUCUUGUAGAAAGUUCCAUCUUUUACACAAUUCCACUGCACCAGAGCAAAGGAAAACUUUUUCUUGUUCAAAGGGACUGCACCUCUGUGCAUCCAAACCAGUGUCUUUUCUUGCCUGGUAACGUGGGAGGAAAAGUAGCAGUGAUAGUAUCCGUUAAGGGUUUUUUGUCGGCAGUGCUUAGCACAGUGCUUUGGAAAAGAAUACACCGGUGGGAAUUAGAUACAUUCCCCAUCCGUGGGAGAGGGGCUUACGGUAUUCCCCCAACCAUCCGUGGCCGGCCUGGAAGUUGGUAAGGACUGAGCAACAGAUUACUCAUCCACAAAUAGGGAGAGAGGAGGAGGAGGGAGGGAGGGAUCGCUUUCUUGGUUACGGUUGGAUGUUUCAGGUAAUUACAAUUUUAGCUAAUGAGCAGAGGAAGGUGGAGUUGGAUACCCACAGAAGGGGGAUAUUAGCAACUGUAUUUUCCACAUCCCUUGUGUUCCAAAUGUUAAAAACAAAUCAAAACAAAAAACACCCACCCCAGAUUCGUUGCUUCCUUCCUUUAGUUUCCUUUCAAGGGCAGACAUCUGUCUCAGCCAGGGGGCUGAGGAGGACCACUGGAUAAGGGGAAAAUGAAAUGAAAGCUUCUCUAGCAGCCCAGCCACCUCAGGGUUUUCUGCUUGCCCAGGUAUGGAUUGGAAAUGGUUCGAAUGACGAUCGAACACGGAACGGCCCGACUCUCUGCUGGCAGGGCUGAGUUCCAGAUCCUUGAAUGGGGGAUGACUCAAUUGUUGAUUACUUGGUUUUGGUGUCCAAAAUAAUGAGACUUUGGGUGUCCUGGGCACUGGAAUGGCCGCUUGGGUACCAGAUGUGGUCUUUGGUGAGCUGAAUGAAGAAUGACGAUUCUCUUGGCCAAAAAACGAAUAGGCAUGUUAUUUAUUAAAUGCUCUUCUGGGGAUUUUUUUUAAGUCCUGGGUCACCACGAUUUCUGAGCUGAGGGAAGAGGAGGCACGGUCACAUGUGCUUUUAAUUCCAGACGUUUCACAGGGUAAUAGGGGAUGGAAAAGCUCUGCUGCCCCCAUUCUCCUCCUCUUCCUCGUCUUCCUUCUCCACUCCCUCCCCCCACCCCUCACCCCCUUUCUGUUUCUGAUUUAGGACUGACUGAUGAUGGUCAGAGCUGACACCUCCUGACCUUUUGGGCCUUCUGUCCCCGGUCUCUCAAGACACAAUCCUGAGGCUGAGAUUGCAUUAAUCUCUCAGAGAGGAGGUGUGUGUUCUGACUACAAACCUUGUUAACGGGUGCUGAACCAAUUCCUGCUGUUCUAAUAUUUGGCGGCGGGAGGGAGGGGAACACAGCCAAUUAGCUAGGGGGUUGGAUAUUUUCCUUGAAAAACUGCAGCGUCCCUUUAUUUAAAUUUUAUAUUUGCAACUGUUUGCAAAUUGUUUUCCCUCGAUGGCUUGAUGCUAAGGGAGAAAACAUCUUAAUCCUGACUUCAGAAUUUCUCCUUUCCAAUCCACCAGCUACAAGUGAAUUCUGACCGACUGAAACUGCAGGCUGUGAAUUUCGGCAGUUUUAACUUUUAUCUCGUCAGGACCCAAGAAUGAAACAGCUUUAAAACAGCCUUAAGCAAAAGGAUGUUAUUUCUUCAAAUUUGGUUCGUUGGAAGAAAAAAAAAAUCAAAACACCGGUAAUCCAUACUGCAUAGCAAACUCUUCUGAAAAAUGUUAUUGCACAUGUAAAAUAUGAGAACUUGACCCUGCGGUGUGUUAGGCAAUCCUGUAAUCUUUUUUGACUCUUGUUAAAAUUCAUUUCUUAAAUGCUUGGUUGGAAGACUGUGACAAUAGCUCAUGAAAUUGAGUGUUAUUUUUCUUUCUUUUUUUUAAAAAAAAUAUGUAAAGUGCAGUCUUCUGUAUUCAUGCAUAUUGUAUAUAUCUGUAUAUGUUUUACUGAGCUACUA